UGGUUCUACCUAAAUCACUUCAAACAUGGCACAUCUUGUUGAAGGAACCUCGAUUAUUGAUGGAAAAUGGCAAUUGCCAAUUUUGGUCACCGAUUUGAAUAUUCAAAGAAGCAUCUCUGUCCUUGGAAAUCUUAAUGUGGGAGGACUCAUGCUCGAACUUGUUAGCGAAUGCGAUGUUGAACGAGAUUGGUCUGAUCAUGCUCUGUGGUGGCCGGAGAAGCGGCGAUGGCUUCAACAUACUCGAUCGACUCUUGACCAGAAUGGAAUUACAGCUGAAACACAAUUGGAGUUCACACCAAUGCAUAAAGAAGCAAGAAUUCAGUUACCAGAUAUGCAAAUGAUUGAUGCGAGAGUUGAUUUCUCGGUAAAUUCAUUCAAAGCAACAAAGAAAUUGUGCCGUGAUUUGGGUAUUCGAUAUUCAGAGGAAUUGUCUUUGAAGAGAUAUAUUCCACCAGAGGAUCUUCGACGUGGAACAUCUGACGCCGACAACAUGAACGGUCCACUCUCAAUGCGUCCAGGAGAAGAAUCAGUUGGACCAAUGACUCUCCGUAAAGCUGCUCCAAUCUUUGCUUCUCAAUCGAAUCUUGAUAUGCGCCGUCGUGGUCAAUCACCCGCGCUCUCCCAAUCUGGACACAUUUUCAAUGCUCACGAAAUGGGAACUCUUCCUCGCCACGGAACAUUGCCACGUGGUGUCAGUCCAUCGCCAGGAGCAUAUAACGAUACGAUGAGAAGAACACCAAUUAUGCCAAGCAUCAGUUUUAGUGAAGGACUUGAAAAUGAGCAAUUUGAUGAUGCUCUUAUUCAUUCACCAAGACUUGCUCCAAGCCGUGAUACUCCAGUAUUUAGACCUCAGAACUAUGUGGAAAAAGCUGCGAUUAAUAGAGGAUGGCUUGAUUCUAGCAGAUCACUUAUGGAACAAGGAAUUUUUGAAGGAGAUAUUAUUUUACUACGAUUCAAAUUUAUGAAUUUCUUUGAUUUGAAUCCAAAAUAUGAUCCAGUGAGAAUUAAUCAACUUUACGAGCAAGCAAAAUGGAGCAUUUUACUUGAUGAAUUCGAUCACACAGAGGAAGAAGCCACACUAUUUGCUGCUCUUCAACUUCAAGCAACCCUGCAAAGAGAUUCUCCUGAACCUGAAGAAAAUAAUAAAGAUGAUGUGGAUAUUCUUUUGGACGAGCUUGAGCAAAACCUUGACGCAGCUGCUCUUAACAGACGAUCAGAUCUUACACAAGUUCCCGAGUUAGCAGAUUAUUUGAAAUAUAUGAAACCAAAGAAAUUGGCAGCAUUCAAAGGAUUUAAACGGGCAUUCUUCUCGUUCCGUGACUUAUAUUUAUCAUAUCAUCAAAGCUCCUCAGAUGUCAACUCAGCUCCACUUGGACACUUCUCAUUGAAGGGAUGUGAAGUUAGUCAGGAUGUUUCAGUUGGACAGCAGAAGUAUCAUAUCAAAUUGUUACUUCCAACUGCUGAAGGAAUGAUUGACUUCAUUUUGAAAUGCGAUUCCGAGCAUCAAUAUGCCAGGUGGAUGGCUGCGUGUCGGUUAGCAUCCAGAGGGAAGUCAAUGGCUGAUUCGUCAUAUCAACAGGAGGUGGAGAGCAUCAAAAACUUGCUCAAGAUGCAAAGUGGUAAUGGAAACGAAAACGGAAACAGCAACACAGCUUCGCGAAAAGCCGCCGCUGUAAAACUACCAAAUGAUUUCAAUGUUGAUGAGUACAUAUCGUCGAAAUACGUACGACGAGCACGCAGCAAGCAACAAAUUCAACAGCGAGUAUCAGAUGCUCAUGGAAAUGUUCGACAACUCACGGCAACCGAAGCGAAACUUCAAUAUAUCCGAGCAUGGCAAGCACUUCCCGAACACGGAAUUCAUUAUUUCAUUGUAAGAUUCCGAAAUGCUAGAAAGGCGGAAUUGGUGGCUGUUGCUGUGAAUAGACUUGCAAAAUUGAAUAUGGAUAAUGGAGAAAGUCUGAAGACAUGGAGGUUUGCAAAUAUGAAGAAGUGGCAUGUCAACUGGGAAAUUCGACAUCUCAAGAUUCAAUUCGAAGAUGAGGAUAUCGAAUUCAAGCCACUUUCCGCUGAUUGCAAAGUCGUUCACGAGUUCAUCGGUGGAUACAUUUUCCUGUCAAUGCGAAGCAAAGAACAUUCUCAAAAUCUUGAUGAAGAACUUUUCCACAAACUUACAGGAGGAUGGGCUUAGAUAUUUAAAUUUCUAUAAUCUUUUGCAAACCAAAGAAUUUUAAUUUUAGGCUCCAAUUCCAUCUUUUUCGUUUCAAAAUUUCAAUAUAUAUAUUUGUUUUCUUUCAUUUUUCUUGUUUCUCAUUUCCCCCCUUCCCCUCUUCCAAAUAAUUUUUCGUUUUAAUAAGACAAGUAUACCGGAUCGAAAAAAAGUUUUAUGUGCCUUUUCAUAUCUAUGGAUUAAUAAUAAUUGUAUGAGAAAAAUUGAAAAAUAUUAUAAAAAUUGAAUAAUAAAAACUGAUGAAUAAACAUUUAAAAU